AUGAAGACGCCUACCAAAACCAGAACUCAUAACGACUACACUGUGGGGUGGGUCUGCGCGCUACCUAAGGAGCAGACCGCAGCGAAGGCUAUGCUAGACCAAAUACACCCGACUCUUUCCAAGCCGCCAAACGACCAGAACUCAUAUACUCUUGGGUCCAUAAAUAAGCAUAACAUCGUAAUAGCCUGCCUACCGAAAGGCAAAUACGGCAAUAAUUCAGCAGCGACCGUCGCGACCCGGAUGGUCAGCACUUUCCCAUUCAUUAAGGUCGGCCUCAUGGUUGGCAUCGGUGGCGGUAUUCCACCCAAGGUCAGACUCGGCGACGUCGUGAUUAGCACACCAACCGAUCAGUAUCCUGGAGUAGUCCAGUGGGAUAUAGGUAAAGCGGAAAAGGGCACAAAUUUCAAACGAACUGGUGCGCUAAAUAAUCCCCCAAGCGCACUGCUGACAGCAUUGACGAUACUGGAGACCAACCAUGAGAUGCAUGGGUCUAAAACACGUGAAUACAUGGACGAUUUGGGAAAGAAAUGGCCAAAACUGGUGCCAGAGUACACCAACUCUGAUUCCCUUAAGGACCCUUUGUUCAUACAAGACAAUUCACCCCAUGCUUUGAGCAGCUGGGUGGCCAUAUCCUCAAUAUUCUGGAAGAUGGUACUAUCUCUUCUCGGGUACCUCUUAGGCUGGUCGACACUGGCUCCUAUGCAUAGUGGGGCCGAGCAAGCGACAAAAAUCACGGCAAAGGUCAAGAUUGAUGGGGCUCAGAAGAAACCUGGAGACAUUCGCGUGCAUUACGGCCUAAUCGCAUCCGGUAAUCAAGUGAUCAAGGAUGCCAAGUUCCGUGAUAGUCUCAAUGCGAGCCUAGACGGAAAUGUGUUGUGCGUUGAAAUGGAGGCCGCAGGACUCAUGAAUGACUUCCCCUGCAUUGUUAUCAGGGGUAUUUGCGAUUAUGCAGACUCAGAAAAGAACAAAGACUGGCAGAAAUAUGCUGCAGCGGUAGCUGCGGCAUGCGCGAAGGAACUUCUAGAACAUUUACAGCCAAGCGACCGACGGUUAGUUAUUCUCGAGGUCUUGGGUGGAUUUUAUAUUCAUGACACUGUCUCUAGAACCGAGGCCGAUGUCAAGACAGUGAGGUCCAAGCUAGACAGAAAAGAAGAUCUCGACGUCCUCAAUUGGCUCACGCCAACCGACUACGGUCCUCGACAAAGCGAUGUUCUUAAAAGGCGAGAACCAGGGACUGGGCAAUGGAUCUUAGACUCCGCUGAAUAUCAGGAUUGGCUCAAGACCGAGGACCAGACGCUAUUCUGUUCUGGCAUUCCCGGAGCGGGAAAAACAAUCAUCACAUCCAUUGUUAUCCACGACCUCACCACGCGGUUUUCUGAAGAUCCAAGCGUCGGUAUUGCGUACAUCUACUGUAAUUUUCAGCGGCAAGAUGAGCAGAAUGUUGACGAUUUGCUGAUAAGUCUGCUGAAACAGCUUGCUGAGAGCCAGCCCUCCUCAUUGGAGAACAUCAAAGAUCUCUAUCGUCGCCACAAUAGCAGCCGAACACGUCCGUCACUCGAAGAAAUAAAGACUACUCUCCAUUCUGUUGUAUCCAAUUACUCGAGAGUAUUCAUCGUUAUCGAUGCACUUGAUGAAUGUCAGACAUCCAAUGGCUGCCGAACGAGGUUUCUAUCAACGAUUUUCGACCUCCGCGCUAGUAUAUUUGCAACUUCUAGGAUAAACGGUGAAAUUGUGAAGAUGUUUGAGAAGGCUACAUCAAUAGAGAUCCGCGCGAGAGAUGACGACGUAGAUGUAUAUCUCGAUGCACGAAUGCAACUUGAACGGUCGGAUAUCUUAGACAAUCCCACUAGAGACAUGAUAAAAAAAGAAGUGAUUGGCACAAUGGAUGGAAUGUUUCUACUAGCAGAGCUACGCAUCAACUCACUUGUAACCCUGCCAACAAAAGGACAUAUCAAGAAUGCCUUGAAGAAUUUUGCGAAGGGAAUGGAGGGGUUAGAAAAGAUUUACGAUCUGGCGAUGAAAAGAAUCGAAAGCCAAGGAACCGAGUCUCGAGAUCUAGCGAAACAGAUUUUGGCAUGGAUUGUUUACGCCAAAAGGCCACUUUCUGCUGUAGAACUCCAACAUGCCGUUGCAGUCAGGCCGAACACUACAAAACUGGACGAAGACUACAUUACUACCAUCGAUAAUCUUCGAUCUCUCUGCGCCGGGUUGGUCACGAUCGACGAAGACAGUAACAUCAUACGACUGGUUCACUAUACCACCCAAGAGUACUUCGAGCGCAUUGGAGACCAAUGGAAACCAGAUGCUCAGUUCGCUAUUGUCUCAACAUGCCUCACCUAUCUAUCAUUUGAUGUGUUCAAAACAGGCAGCUGCUCAUCAGAUGAAGAUUAUGGUGAGAGAAUCCAAGAGAACAAAUUCUUGGACUAUGCCGCUAAGCACUGGGGCCAGCAUUCUGCAAUGAUCGAAGGCAAGGUGUGUAAGCUAACUUGUUCAUUUCUUUCAGAUGAUAAGUUAGUUUCAAGCACUACACAGGCUUUGCUUUAUAAGAAGAUCGUCUAUUGGGGAUACAGCCAGUUGUAUGCUCAGAACAGCACAGGAUUACAUCUUGCCGCACUGUUUGGAUUAUCACGAGUGUUAGAGGUGAUGCUCCCAGAACAAGAAGAAGAAAGAGCAAAUGCACUGAGAAGAAGAGACAGUCUCGGUCAAGAUCUAUUAUAUAUUGCGUCAAGCGCUGGACACGAUAGAACAAUGCUACUCGACAAAGGCGCCGACCCUUAUGCGGGAAUUAGAAGGUCUAACACAGCACUCUAUAUAGCUUCAAAAUAUGGCUAUAAAGAGAUUGUAAAGAUGCUGCUUGAAAAAUGCGUUGAAAUCAAUGCGCAGAGUGGGGAAUUUGGGGACGCACUUACUGAGGCUCAUAGGCAAGGCCACCGCGAAGUUGUGGAUAUGCUUGUUGAGAAUGGUGCUGAAGUCGUGUUGGAAGGAGAUGAGGAUUGCAGAUAUGAGUAUUGGUGUCAUUAUUUUAUCGAAGACAUGGAGAAGCCUGAAUGGCUGAAGAUGAGGUCGAAAUAA